AUGUCUACUACGUCGACGCAUGAUGCACCAGAAACAUUGCCGACUAUCUCGAAAGACAAAAUGUAUUAUUUGGAGCAUGUCGUGUUUCAGAUAAUCGAAGGUGGAAUUUCUUCCAAGGUGGAAGACAGCCUCUUCAAAGUUCCAAGGCAUCACUUCUCUGAAAAUUCGGCCGUUUUCGCAACGACUUUCACCUUACCCCCUGGAAAUGAUAAGCCGGUAGAGGGUUGUAACGAGAACUACCCGUUUAAAUUGCAAGGAGUCAAGAAAGCCGACUUCCAGGCCCUCUUGAAGGUCUUGUACCCAUUCUUACAAGGCUUAACCGUAGGCCACGACGAUGCCAAUAGACAAAUUCCUUUCUCCUAUUUCAACAUUUCAUUCGAUGAAUGGGUGUCGAUUCUUGGAUUGGCUACCAUGUGGGAAUUCAGUGUUUUGCGAAAACUGGCGAUCAAGGAGAUGGCUGCAAAGGGCAUGGAUCCAGUUAGUAAGGUCAUGCUCGGCCAGAGAUACGGGAUUUCGGAUUGGUUUAGGUCGGGGUGCUUGAACUUGGCAACCAGAGCUAUGCCAAUUACGCUGGACGAGGCGGAGAAGAUUGGGUUGGUUACGGCGAUCCGUCUAUAUCAAAUUCGAGAUGGAGCGGUCAGCCAACUUGGUUGCAUUGCGGUGCAUAUGGCCAUCUUACACCAACGGCGCCAACUUUAUGAAUACGCAGGUUACAUCGAAAAGGUAUUCAAGGAAGAGCUGAAAGUCUGCCAUCUGGAUGAGGAUGCCCAGACCCAUGCAGCUCCGUUCUUUCUCAACCUGUAA